AUGCAACUAAAAAGUAUUUUUCUGCUGACAACUGCCGCCGCCUUCGUUGCAGCACAGGAGCCGAAAGAGGUGUUCGCUCAUUUCAUAGUUGGAAAUGCCGCCGGCAUGACCCACGACGAAUGGGUGUCGGAUAUCAACUUAGCAAAAGCGGCCCUCAUCGACGGAUUCGCUCUGAAUAUCGGAGUUCAGGAUCCCUAUACGGACGAGGUUCUUAAAAAAGCCUACAGUGCAGCGGCAGCCGUUGGCGAUUUCACCUUGUUUUUAUCGUUCGACUAUCUCUCCGGUGGCCCAUGGCCGGUUGAUAGAGUCGUACAGACUAUCAACAAGUAUAAGAAAGAACCUGCACAAUUCAAGUACAAAGAUAUGCCUUUAGUAUCAACAUUUGAAGGGGUAAACAACGUCCACGACUGGGAUUUAAUCAAACCGGCUACUGGGUGCUUUUUCAUGCCAUCGUGGACUAGCCUCGGGCUUCAUGGGCACGAAAGUGUGAUGGAAGUCAUUGACGGCGUCUUCAGCUGGGAUGCAUGGCCAGUAGGUGCACAAUCCAAGUCCACCCACACAGACGAGGAAUAUAUGUCUCUUCUUGGUAAUAAGCCGUAUAUGAUGCCUGUUUCACCGUGGUUUUACACAAACCUGCCCCAAUGGGGCAAGAACUGGCUGUGGCGUGGGGAUGACUUGUGGCACGACCGUUGGCAGCAAGUAAUCCAGCUGCAGCCUGCUAUGGUUCAGGUUAUCAGCUGGAAUGACUACGGCGAAUCACAUUAUAUUGGCCCCAUCUACAAGGCCGGUAUUCCCACGGGUGCGCUGAAUACGUUGUCCAGAACCCACAUGAUGACUGGCGAACCCUCCUGCCUCGCAGGUAACUCUAGAGAAGAGCCUGCUCAAACCCCCAAUGACCCUAAACCCACACCAAUGGAUAUCAUCACCUAUUGGUAUAGAUUAAACCCCAGCAGUUCCGGAAGCAGCGGUGGCACAACAGGUAAUAAUCCCAGCUUUGGCCAGAAAGCUCUUGACCCAGGACUAGUGUCUGAGGAUAAGGUAUUCACGACGGUAUUUGCUGCCGAACCUAGCGUGAUUACUAUAGAAGUUGGGCAAUCAUCUCCAACAACGUACCAAGCGAAAAGAGCGGGAAUCAACCACUUCAACGCCCCAUUCAAUGGCCACACGGGCGCCGUGUUAAUAACCAUCUGGAGGAAUGAAAACAAGGUGCUCUCUACAACAGGUCCUGAGAUAACGGAUGCGGGUGCUCAUGGGAGAGUGAACUGGAAUGCCUAUGUUGGGUCGAGCUUGAAUGGUUAG